UAGCAAUUACCUAGGCAAUGGAUCGGUGCUAGCCCGUCCUACCUUCCCGUCGGAGCCGUUGUGCCCCGGCUCUACGGAGCUGUGGAGUAUCGCAUGGAUCAAUGGAAUUAUUCAGGGCACUUACGGGGAAGGGACGGUAAGGCGGCAGUAGCCUCUGACGUCACGAAAUUGAAGUAGGGUUUUGUCUAGGCAACUCGAGCCCUGGAGACCACCAAUCAAUUAUACCAACAUCCCGUGCCCAAUUGAAUGCCCCAAAGAUCAUACAUCCAAUGACUAGAGUUAUGCAGCUUCCUCAUAUUUAGAAAAGUCUUCAUAACUGACUCCAAGAUUGGCGAACAUCGCUUCCCAUAAUUGCGUGCUCCGAGGCCGAGGCCGUCAGAAUUCGCCAACCUAUUAAUUAGGUAGGGCAUCUUUACGCGGGUAUUUCGCCCCCUUGCUGCAGAACGCCCAUUAAAUAUCUCAAACAUCUAAGCUGUUCUUCACGCAUUGGUUGGACGUAAUGUGUCAAAAUCAUCUAGGGGAGCUAGAGUCCUCUGCUUUGGGAACCCCGCUAUCUCAUAGCAACCAGGGGAGUUCCCUCGAGCCUUUUCCCUGGGAUGCUGGUGUCUUCGAUGCUCAUUGCCACCCUACCGAUACAAUGGCGUCAAUAAAAAUUAUACCACACAUGAAAGCACGUGCUUUAACCGUGAUGUCUACAAGGUCCCAAGACCAGGACCUCGUCUCUGACGUAGCUUCUCGCUAUGGUGUCGAAGACAGUGGCAUAGCGGUCUCUUCACGCUCUUCUGGAGAAGGCCGUUUAAUACCUUGCUUUGGCUGGCAUCCUUGGUUCUCCUACCAGUUUUAUGAUGACCUUUCUUCCGACUUAACAUAUGAUGGAACUCCAUCUGGCAAGAUAUCACACUAUGACAAAACAUUAGUUCCGCCGCCUUCGUCAAAAGACGUGUCCUUCAGCGAAGGACUUCCGGAUCCGCAACCACUGUCUGAGUUCCUACGUGAAACUAAGUCUCGGUUAGAGAAGCAUCCUAUAGCUCUCGUUGGUGAAAUUGGGUUAGACAAAGCGUUUCGGCUUCCUCAAGCUUGGACUUCGACCAAUAAGGCCCAGCGUGAUGAAGGACUUACACCUGGAGGCCGGGAAGGGAGACUUUUGAGCCCUCACCGAGUACAGAUGGCACACCAGGCUGUGAUCCUCCAAGCCCAACUGCGGUUAGCGGGCGAGAUGGGUCGUCCGGUCAGUGUUCACGGAGUCCAGGCACAUGGCGUCCUUUAUGAUACCAUCUCCCAGCUAUGGAAGGGACACGAGAAACCGGUAAUGUCAAGAAGAGACAAGAGAAGAAUCGCCGAAGGGGCAGAGGACUUCUCUAGCUCAUCCGAAGACGAGAUCAAUGAGAGCCAUGUCAAGUCCAGCACGAAGAAAGAGAAGCCCAAGCAGGGACCAAAGCCAUACCCCCCACGUAUCUGUGUACAUUCCUUUAGCGGACCAGCUGAGGUGGUUAAGCAGUAUCUUCACCCCUCGGUGCCGGCGGAGAUAUUCUUCUCCUUCUCAAUUGUAAUAAAUUGGGCAACUGGGGGUGGGGACAAAGCAGAGGAGGCAAUCCGAGCCAUCCCUGAUGAUCGCAUAUUGGCGGAGAGUGACCUGCAUGUUGCGGGUGAGCAGAUGGAUCAAUACCUCGAAGAGGUAUGCAGGAAGAUUUGCGAGGUCAAAGGAUGGAAUUUGCGCGAGGGCGUUGAACAGCUGGGUAGGAAUUGGAGGGCUUUUAUAUUUGGCUAGCGUCUACGUCUUAGGAAAGAGUCCCAUGCGUUUAUCAUAGGGGAACAUUACCGAAUCCGCGAUGUUAGCGAUAUGGACAAACGACAACUUCUAUUCGCGAGAGUUUACUGCUUAGCUGUUCCAUACAAGAUACCUAAGUUAUAAUCGUCUGAUUAUAUUUCCUUAGCUGACCCGGGCAACACGGAUAUGUAUAACUUCACCGAUCAGUCGCUGAGAAAACAAAUUCCCUCGAAUUAACUCAUUGUCAUCAGCUCAUGCAAGAGAGUCGGUUAAGCUGCGAGGUGGUAGUAUGCGAGUACAUAUCUCAUAUACUUUAGGAUGUCUAUAUGGAACCUGUACUUGAGUAUCAAAAUUGCGAAAAUCGACGAUAAAAGUGGAGGGAGCUAGGAUAUAUAUGGAUAAGCAGAAUUAAG